UCCCAGUAAGGUGGUGCGACCCGUCCCCGUAAGGAUCAUUUCUGCUUGAUAUUCUAUUCUGGCCUUCUCAAUCCGUAUCAAAGCGCUUUCCACUUGUCGCCCACCAUGACAGAUCAAGGGUACUUAGAACAGCCCGACCUCCACGUCAAGGCACCAUUCCGCGCGGCACUCUUAACACAACCGGGGAACUUGCGCGAAGCUCUCCGCCAAGCCGUUGCAGAUCCUACUAAGACGCUUUUCGGUGUCGGUCACGGAAUUCCGAGUACUUUUGUAACUAAGUUGAUUGCAUCUACAAAGCCCGACUUCAUAUGGAUCGAUGUCGAGCACGGCAUGUUCAAUCGUCUGACACUUCAUGAUGCUAUCCAUGCAGCUCAACACCACUCCGAAGGCAAAGCCAUGAUCAUCGUCAGAGUCCCGAAGCACGACGAAAUCAGCUUGACAACUGCACUGGACGCGGGCGCAGCAGGCAUAGUGAUUCCUCACUGCGAAAGUGCCAAAGAAGUGAAACAGGUCUUGGAGGAAGCAUAUUAUCCCCCAAUUGGAAAGCGAUCUUUUAGUCCAUGGACUUUCACACCCGGGAUCUCGGAUACUUCACUGUAUAAGGGUGAUCCUUUCAACAUGGGCACUUCGAACCGUCAUACUGCCGUCUUCGCACAGAUUGAAAGUGUCAAAGGCGUGGAAAACGUGGACGAGAUCGCAGCGCUUGAGGGCGUUUCUGGGUUGAUGUUCGGUCCCGGAGACUAUCUGGCGGAUGCUGGACUACCCAUACAGUUCGGCGGAGAGCCUCACCCUACCUUUGCAGAUGCUUUCGGUAAAUUUGUCGCCGCUGGUAUGAAACACGGCAAGCCUCUAAUCGGUGCCGCUCUGGCCCCAGAGAUGAUUCCAGGGAUGAUACAGCAAGGCUUUCGGGCGAUUGCUGUUGCCUUUGAUGUGUGGGGAUUCGCAAAUUUGGUUGAUGGGGGUAUCAAGAAGGGAAGAGAAUUUGCUCAGCAGGCGGGUGAAGCUAACGGGGUAGUUGAAGUAAAUGGAACGGCCGAAGCAAACGGAAAGGCUAAAGCAGACGGAAAAGCUAAAGCUAACGGACCGGCAAAUGGCAAGGAGCCUUCGUCGAAGAUUGAGUCUGAUGUGGUCGUUGUUCUAAAUAACUAGAGGGGGAAAGACGACCAAGCCAGUACGCUUGUUUUGUGAGUAAUUUUUUAGAUAGCGCCUAGAUAGUUAUAGAUAGGAAUUUCUGUCUCUGCUAUAUAGGCUGGCAAAGUCGAACCCAGACCUCCUCGUAGUGCGUGCCGGGGACUGUGACGGCGGGAUUAAGGCAAUGGUCAAAAGGGCUCAAAGUUCCGAGAAUACUAAGCUAAAGAGAAGAAGGAGAGAGAGGGGUGGGGAGGGGAUAGAAGGAGGGAAAUACUAGCUGAAAUCACUGAAACGCCGGCUAGCUAGGUGAAACUAGUCAUGUGACAACCACCCCCUUAUGACCAUAGCCAGCGCCGUC